AUGACCCUGUACGAGUGCGGCAACCAAGGUUACGUCAAUACUUCAGCCGCUUAUGAGGAAGGUUGGCUGUACAAUUGUGGCUUAAUUCAAGGUGCUACUUACGGUAAUUCAUCGGUCAUUGACAGUAAUAGACGUAACAGUACUUCUAAUGCAGGUACGAUCAAAAGCACUAAUUCGUGGCUUACGUGCUUGAUUAUCUUUCUCUUUCAGUACGUUGCUGUCCACGCAUACCAUGAGACUUCUCAAAUAGAUGUAGUACCAAUGCCGAAUGCCACUGUUGAUGCAUUUUUGGUCAAUCAGUUCGAAAACGGAACAAGAUAUAUGCUGGCUGAGAGCACAUUAGUAUAUGCUGUUGAUGUUAACCCUUAUGUUGGAAAAAAUUCGACAGUGUAUAAACGGGACUAUCGUUUUGGCGACAGAGCUGGUGUCGGAAUAGCGACUUGGAAACAGGCAAAGAAAGCUCGGUCAGGCGUCUGGUGGACUGGAUGGGUUCCUGCAACAGGCUGCAUGUACACAGGACUCGGUGCUGAUGCCUCUAUAUCAAGACAAGUGUGUGAUACCGAAGGCUGGUCAGUUACCACCGGUGGCGGUGUUGAUUUUGCUGGUCUAAGUGCAAUGGCUGAAUACACUAUAUCUAGGGAACAUCAGCAAUGUACUUCUUGGACUUGUAAUACGCCUAGUGAUACUGUGUUAAGGAUGUACUCACAGCACAAAAUGUACUGGGCAGAUAUCCAAACACAGGACUGCGAAGCUAUUACAGUCGGAGUUGACGUGCGGAUCACAUGCCAUGCGUAUGGAGCAUAUAUCAGGUACAACGCACCUAUAUCUGAUAAUCAUAAUGAUAAUAUCAAUAUAGGAUGUUCUAUCGGUCGCGAUGCUAACUGUUGA